AGAGGGAGAUUAACCAAAUGGAGGCCUAUAAUAAAGCUGCGUAAUCCGCACACAGAUUCAGAGCAACCACAUCUCCACAAGCAGCAUCUCUCAGUGUGUUUCUGAGCCAGGAAGCUGGUCCUCAGCAUCAGCAACACAACCAGAGAAGGAAAAAACCAUGAAGAAAUCAAAGGUGUGCAACAACAACGAACCCCCCAGCUAUCAGGAGGCAACGGCAGGCUACCCAGAGAUGGAUGUCCAGUUUGCCUGGGAUGACAAGAACAUCAGGAGGACUUUCAUCAGGAAGGUUUACGCCAUCCUCAUGCUGCAGCUCUCCGUGACCGUCGGCAUCGUUUGUCUCUUCACAUUUUGUGCUCCGGUGAGGUUUUACAUCCAGACUCAUCCCAGCUUGUACAUGGCAUCCUACAUCAUGUUUUUUGCCACCUACAUUGCUCUCUCCUGCUGUGGAGAUCUCAGGAGGCAGUUUCCCUGGAAUGUUAUCCUGUUAGUUCUUUUUACUCUGAGCAUGGCCUCAAUGAUGGGAUUUAUGUCAAGCUUCUACAACACCAAGUCUGUGCUCCUGUGUCUGGGAAUAACGGCACUGGUGUGCCUCUCCGUCACCAUCUUCAGCUUCCAGAGCAAGAUUGAUGUCACGUCCUGCCAGGGCAUCCUGUUUUCUCUGAGCAUGGUCAUGCUGCUCUGCGCCCUCACCCUCUCCAUCGUCGUCCCAUUCGGAUAUGUUCCCUGGUUACAUGCCAUCUAUGCUGUGAUUGGAGCCAUCCUCUUUACUAUGUUCCUUGCUUUCGACACCCAGCUGCUCCUAGGGAACAAGCGCUACACCAUAAGUCCAGAGGAAUACAUUUUUGCCACGCUCAGCCUCUACCUGGACAUCAUCUACCUGUUCAGCUUCAUGCUUCAGCUUAUGGGAGGAGGUCGGGAUUGAAAUGUGUCUUCUGCUCAGGGUGAAGACCCUCCAGGACAAGAACACAUGAAGACUGGUGUCACUUCACCCCUCACACCAGUGAAAAACCUUUCUUUGUAUUUGUUGGAUGCUUUAAGAGUGUCUUCUUCUUCAGCUCCAUCAUUCUGAUCACCCUACAGCCGACAACUCAGCUUCAGGAUUUCUGCACUUUCAGCUGGAUUGAUUUCAUUUUUAAACCCAUGUUUUUUUUUUUUUGCAAAAGAAACACACAUUUAGUUUAUGACACUUUUGGAGUCUCAUUACAGGUGACACGUUUGGUGUUUUGUGUAUUGUUAUCACGUGGGACCAUUGCAUCAGCCAAACCUCAAACUCAAAGGGAAGGAACAUCAGCAGCAAAGUGAAAACGUGUGUAGGACAACACGAAGUAUUGAAGAUAAUAGAUGUUUUAUAACUUCUGUAGAGAACGGACUGUGGCCUUUUAGGUGUGCAUUCGACCUCUAUGUUAUAAAAAAUAUAUUUUUAACAGAUUAAACUGUGCGUGAUUUAAUUCUGAUUAGAAAUAAAGAAAUUUAUGAAGUAAACUGACUUUUACGGACGUCAUAAACGAACU